GGUCUGGCUGCACAGAAUGCACAGGAUGAAAAGCUAGGAGAGAGAGAUUUGGAACUUUGAGAUCCCCAGGUGCUUGUAGAAAUGUAGCACAUCCAUCAAGGUUCUGGGCAUGAAGUUCUCCCCUUGGUGGGUGUAGCAGGGUGUUACUGCCCUCUUGGAAAGGACCAUGCCAGCAGAUAUCCCCAUCCUGAACAGCUCCUCAGUAGGAGCCCAGCUUGGAAAUAAGUGUCUGGCAGGCAGCCCUGGAGAGGAGCAGUUUCAGCACUAUGGACAGUUCUCCCCCACUGUCUCCAUCCUCCUGGCAGUCACCAUGGCUCUCAUGGUCCUGGCCACAGUCCUGGGAAAUGCCUUGGUGAUCUUGGCUUUUAUAGUUGACAAGGGACUCCGCACCCAGGGCAAUUUCUUCUUCCUCAACUUGGCUAUUGCAGACUUCCUAGUGGGUAAGUAAGACUUGGAUCUGGUAAAGUAGCACCGUCCCUCUUUUCUAACAAGAAAUGAUGUCCUGCUAGUUUGUGACACACAGCACUGUAGACAUGACUUGAGGUUGCAGAUUUGAGACAAUAUUGUUUUAAUAAAUGACUGCUUUUGCAAUAUACUUAUAAGUACAUUUAGAGCAGGGGUGAGCACAAUGUAGGUCCCUGGGUAUAAAAUUACAUCUCCAAUCAUGCAGUGCGAAUCUUACAGCUGGCAAAGCAUCAUGGGGGUUGUAGUUUGGAAACAUCUGAGGAUCUACCUUUUAGUCACCCCUGUCCCAUCACAAGGUUCAGGACAAUACUCUGUACAGUGCUGCAUUUAAGAAAUUGUUAAUGGGGGUAACCAGCUUGCCAUAGUGCCUCGCAGCAGCCUAUAAAUAUAUUCUUUUAUGCCUGAGUUAUGUUUGUGCUACAGCUAUUCAUGUUUAUUUUAACUUUUUACAUCACACAGGUGGAUUUUGCAUCCCAUUGUAUAUCCCUUAUGUCCUGACCGGCCAGUGGAAGUUUGGAAAAGGCUUAUGCAAGUUGUGGCUAGUGAUGGACUAUCUCUUGUGCACAGCAUCUGUGUUCAACAUUGUCCUGAUCAGUUAUGAUAGGUUUAUCUCAGUCACCAAAGCGGUAAGAAUUAUUGCAUGGAAUCCCCCUGGCUAAAUACUGGCUACAUUGUAUUGUUACAUAUACUUUAGAGGUCAUAAUCUAGACAUCAAUCUGUUGCAGGACUACAAUCCCCACAAUCCCUUUUAACCACACCCUGGCAAAGCAUCAAAGCAAGGAAUUUUAAAAAAAAACAAAAAACAGAUGGGGUCUAUGCCUCAUUUUGGCAGUGGGGGAGAUUUAUCAGAGAGUCUCCUUCAGAAAGUGGAAUGUGCCAGCUAGUUCCACUGGUUUCCUUGGUGAUAGCACCACUUUUAGGACUUUGCAUGUUUGAUAAAUCUCCCCAUGGUCUCAUCAUUCGAGACAAGAAUACUAAAACGAGUCAGCUCAUAUCUUUUCUGAUAAGCCCAUUCAUUAAUUGAUGUUAAAAUAUCUCAUGCCCCCUAUUGCAUUUUAAGCAUAUUAACAUCAAAUUAAAUAUCAUACUUAAUUACAUUUAUUCAUGAGAUCCUUUAGGUCAACACCAAAUUAAUUAUUGAUUCAGACCACACAAUAUGCUUAGGCUCAAUAAUUCCCAUUGUUUCUACACUUCCCGGGUAAUAUCAUUACAAGGAAUUUUAUUAAUUCAUGAAAUUGAUACAAUGAUUGUUCUACUGAUUAAACAUUAUUGCAUUUAGGAAAAUGAUCUCAUCUCUUAAAUAGUUUGAAUUUAUGUUAAAUUGUAUGUUUGUUGCCAUAUAGCGAGUUUAUUUACUGUACCUGUAUUAACAUAAAACGACAGAGUGAUAUGUAUUCAGCAUUCAUGCCUAAUUGAUUUAUAUUUGGGGAUUUAAUAUAUUCAUCAGUUAUACAGAGUUCAAGAAUAUUUGGUGGUUUUAACAUGUGUGAAUUAGAAUGAAAUCGUGGCACAGCAGAAUUCAGCAGUAACCAAUCUAGAUAGCAAGGGUGGAACACUUUCAAAUAUAAUGUAUGUUAUUACCUGGAUGUAUCUAAAAAGAGAAAUAUAUAUAUAAAAAAAAAACAUAAGUAUCAGGAGCUGUCACAUGUUUUCUAAAUGAAGUACAAAAUUAUAAACUUGCGCAUUCGGUUUUAAAUGAAUCGUGAUGCGUCCCAACUUUGGACGAUCAGUGAUUUAUCCGAUUCCAUAACUCCGAAGCCCUCCAUGGCAGUAUUAACGAAACAGGCAAUGGACUAGCCAUUUCAUUUGUUUUGUGAUUCAGAUUUUCGUCCGUGGUGCGAGGAAAAAGGGGAGGGAAUUUAGAAGAGGCUAAUUUUUCCAGGGGGCAAAUAAGCAGCUUAAAUUUUGCCAUGAUGGACAAGAGGAUGGCCCAGUGGUGUGGGCUGUACCUCCUGUCGAAAUCAAGAAGUGGGAAGAAAGAUGAUUGACUGAUAAAAGAUAUUGGCUAAGGAAGAGCCAAUAAAUUUACAGAUCAGUUAAUAAAGGACCAAUCGAGGGAUAAAGGGAGGAGCAAUCGAAAAAAAAUUUAUUUUUCCAAGCAGAAUUUUAACAGACACUUUCACUUCAGCUAUUAAGAGAGACAGACCAGCGGUGACUGUGUGUUUUUUUCCAUUGCUGUGUCUGUGUGGGAGUAGUAUGUGUCUGUGCCAGUGAUCGUAGUGUGAGACUGGUGAGGUGGUUAGGUUAUUAUUCUGUCUAGCUAUCACCAGUGCCACUUAUACUGAUUUUCAUUCACUGAUUUAGAAUUAUUACACUGAUUUGUGAUUCUUUUUUUAACCUUCUCCUGCCUUUUUUCCCCCCAAAAUUAAAAUGACUUCUGCUUUCAUUAAUUUACAUGAUUGUAAAAGGAAAAGCAAUCAUUAUAAAACUCUCAUUUUAUUUUAUUUUUAAUACAGAUAUAAUAAUAUAAUUAUGAUAACUCACAAUUGGCAUUGCCAAAAAUGCCCGAUAUUGUAUAGCCAUUAGACUAGGCAAUAUUUUAGUAAUUUUUGCAUUGCAGUACAUUGUUUGUGCCAUUCUGGUUUGUCCAAAUCGUUUUUCCCAAAACAAUCGCAUGGAGGAAUUUCAUCGGAACUGAAAGGUCAAAUGACUAAAACUGGGUUUCUCCGAGCCCCCCAAAAGUUUUUGGACAAAUAAAGGCAAACCCAUUUUUUCCCCAUGCAGCAGUCAAGAUAAUUACUUGAUUGGAAUGCUCAAAGAGAGACGUUUCAAAAACCUUUUGCACCUUGAAUGCAAUUAAAUAAUAAUGAUACACAAAUAUUAUGCAUGCAUCCUACCUCUCUUUCUAUGUCAAAAUAAAAGUGGCCUAAUACAAUCAGUAAAUAGAAUCCCUGUGUGAUGUAAGCAGUAAUCAGUCGAAAAGACCAUUAAAAUGAUCUAUUCAAGCCAUAUACAUUUUUUUUAAAAAGCACAGAUUGUUUAGCAUCACAUUGAUAAAUCUCACCGUAGUGUUGGUCCUGAAAGUGGAAAAUGGAAAAUCUACAAAGACAUAUUUACUGAUUAUGGGAACCCUGGUGAGUGUGCAGUUUAUACAAAGUUGUAUUCCUUACACUAUAGUUCCCUCUGCCCCCCCUCAAAUCCUUCCCAGCACAGAAAGAGUAAAAAAAAAAAAACCUUUUAACAUCUACAAGAUUCUAGCGCUGAUCUCUCUCAGUGCUGGGUCGGCAACCAACCUUCUCCGAUGUCAUCUGAAGGGGGGCCUAAUGCGUGGCAAGCACCCUGAGCAUAUUAGGCCCUCCCCAUAGGAAAGCAUUGCUUCAAUUCUUUCCUAUGGAGAUGUCUCUUGACGCUUGAUUCCUCAUGCAGAGCGUGAGGACGUCCAGCAUCAGUAAGCCAACCAAAAGUCGCUUAAAGGACCACUCUAGGCACCCAGACCACUUCAGCUUAAUGUCUGUCUCAUUGACAGCCGCUAGAGGCGCUUGCGUGAUUCUCACUGUGAAAAUCACAGUGAGAGCACGCAAGCAUCCAUAGGAAAGCAUUGAUAAUGCUUUCCUAUGUGACCGGCUGAAUGCGCGCACAGCUCUUGCUGCGCGUGAGCAUUCAGCCGCAUGGGAGGAGAAGAGGAGGAUCGGAGGAGGAGAGCUCCCCGCCCAGCGCUGGAAAAGGUAAGAUUUAAUCCCUCUCCCCUUUCCAGAGCCGGGUGGGAGUAUGUUUUCCUGGCACUAUAGUGGUCCUUUAACCACCAGGAAGUGAUUUGCAUUGCAGGACUAAGGGGGACAGAACAUAUAGGAAAUAACAGGGACUGCACUCAACCAAAAAACACCAACAGGGUGUUAAGCUGAGCCAGGCCCCGCACUCCCCACAUGCAUAGUAUGAAAAAGAAAAAAUGCUCAGGCACUCCCUGUGUUGAAGUAGGAUUUUAUUGGAACAUUAAGUGUACAGCAACGUUUCGACCGACACUCAGGUCUUUGUCAAGCUUGCUCGAAUCGUUGCUGUGCACUUGUUGUUCCAUUAAAAUCCUGGUGAUACCUCAACACAGUGAAUGCCUGAGAACCUUUUCUUUUUUUUUUCUUUUUCUUACUAAGGGGAACAGAAAGACUGCACCCAGACCACUUCCCCCAUAAAUCAGCAAAAUGUGUGUCUAAAAUUAAUAUGAUACAGUCUUACCUGUCGAUGAAUUUUCAAAGACUGGUAUCUGAACCUUAAUAAAACAUUAAAUACCCUUUUAAUAAAACAUUAAACACCCAUUUAAUAAAACAUUGAACACCCAUUUUCUAUUCUGUAAUUUAUUUCUUGAAUUGUAAGUCUGUAUCUAUGGUUUAUUAAUAGAAUGUCAAAGGAACACUCCAGACCCCUAAAGCACUUUAGCUGAAAAGCUUGAUGUGUAGAGAAUGUGCUCUAUUUUUUUCAUUCUGCCAAAAGUGCAGAUUUCAAUAGCACUUUUAUAAAUUAACCUGGUUACCACCCCCUGGCUUUCAAGCAGACAACCAGUUCUGAUACUUCCUGGUUUGUUUAGCUUAGUGGAGCCAAACUCAAGUGGCAGCAAUUGCCCAGAGCACCUGCUUUGCAAAGACUUCUCAUUGAGCUGCAGUGGGACAUCUGUGAUUGGACAGCCACAGAAAGUCUGAGCGAGGUUAAAAGAGGAGGGCUUGCAAAGGCUGCAGACAAGAGGAAUGCAGGUUUUGCAAGCUGAUUCUAUACCCCCCAAUGGAAACAUACAAAGUUAAAUGUAUGCAGGUUUGGGGUAUAUAUACUAAAUAGUGAUUUGUAUUUUGUAUUUGGGUAGUAGAGUGUCCCUUUAAUCCUCUAGCUGUGAGUGAGACAGACUUUAAAUAGAUAAAAGAUUCAGCUGAUCCAAUCAAACUGUAAUCUAGGAGCCCCUAUUGGGUGUGGCAGGUCCUUAACUCAUCCAAUAAGGAGUCAUUGCAUUCUAAUACUGCAUACAAAGACUUGAUACAUCGCAUGAUUGCAUUCUCUACCAAUGCCUGUAAAUUGCUCAAAGUCAUGGCUGUGCUAAAUCUCUGCUCCCCAGAGAUUGUAGAACUACAACUACCAAAAUGCUUUGCCAGUUUUUCGAAUGGCAAAAGAUCAUGGAAGUUGCAGUUCUCCAAGUUCUGGAGCUCUCCAUUUGACUCUCCACUGGUUACAGUUCUGAUUAUGAUGCUCAAUAAUUUACCAGGUUUAAUGCACCAGUAAUGGGAGGAGAUUGCACACCCUGAACAACAUCACUCUUUAGAAACAGAGAAGCGGUCUUCUGCUAAAAAAGAUACUAUCAUGUAAAUGUCCCUGUCAUCGAAGGAUUGUCCCCACACUAAUACACACUAAUACACAACUAGCUUAACCUAUAAAAAAUGUUUUAUGUCUCUCUGUCUGUCUGACUCCUGGCCAUCAAUAUUUCUGUUUAACAUAGAAACAUAGAACUAUGCAGAUAAGAACCAUUCGGCCCAUCUAGUCUGCCCAAUUUUCUAAAUACUUUCAUUAGUCCCUGGCCUUAUGUUAUAGUUAGGAUAGCCUUAUGCCUAUCACACGCAUGCUUAAACUCCUUUACUGUGUUAACCUCUACCACUUCAGCAGGAAGGCUAUUCCAUGCAUCCACUACCCUCUCAGUAAAGUAAUACUUCCUGAUAUUAUUUUUAAACCUUUGUCCCUCUAAUUUAAGACUAUGUCCUCUUGUUGUGGUAGUUUUUCUUCUUUUAAAGAUAGUCUCCUCCGUUACUGUGUUGAUUCCCUUUAUAUAUUUAAAUGUUUCUAUCAUAUCCCCCCUGUCUCGUCUUUCCUCCAAGCUAUACAUGUUCCUUUAACCUUUCCUUGUAAAAGUUAUCCUGCUAUCCAUGAACCAGUUUAGUAGCCAUUCUCUGAACUCUGAAAGCUACAUAUGCACGAGCAAUCUAUUUAACAUUGAGAGUUACCUGUAUCCCAUCAGAGGCAAAAAAAAUUCACCAAAAAGCAAAUUAAGUAUUUUUUGUUUCCAUUACUUUGAAUGGAUUAGUAAACCCAUAUCAUCCUGAUUUGUAAACAAUCAGCAUACGUUACUCUAUAAGGCAAUCAAAGGGUUAUUGACCAAACAGAAUAUAUUGUCCUAGUCUCUUUCUGUGAUUCAACGAAGAGACACUCUGUAGAGUUAAUAAGAUAAAGAUUAAAGUGGCCACACCACAUAAUAAGUGACAGGUCCAUUUGAUUGUAUCUAUGGAAGGUGUUUAGAAGACAGUUUUCCUCAAUUCCAAGAGGUGUUUUGAAAUACUAUGUUUGUCUCAUAUUAUUAAACAAGGGAUAUUAUGAAAAGGCAAACAAAAUGUCAAUUUACGUCAGUGAUGGGGGCUAAAUAGUAUAAUUUCUUUAAAAUUGUACUGAAUUUAACAUUGUGAAAUGAAAAGAUUACUGUCAUCCAGACAAGGCAUUCUUGUCAGAACAGGUAUUAAAAGGCUGUGGCUUCCAACAAUCUCAAUCUGCUCAUGUCUAAUGAUUUAGUCCAGGGUUCUCCAAAACCUGCCCUAUAGAUGUUGAUGAACCACCGCUCCCAUGAUUCUCUGGCCAUCUAUUUCAUUCAAAGAAUCAUGGGAGUUGUAGUUCAGCAAUAUCUGGAGGGACAGAAUCUGGAGAAUCCUGAAUUAGUCCAACAACAGCUUCACGACCAAGGUCAAACAUGCCCGGUCUUUAAAAUGUAUUAAUGAGCACCAUAUGUCAACAUCAUGGAAUUUUUCUGUUUACAGUCUUUGGAUGGACUUCAUCCAAAAAGCUGAACAUCCAAGGUGAUAAUCACCUCCUGACAUUAUAAUUACCCAGUGUGAUUGCUCUAUUUAUACCAAGCACUGGCUAUUAGAUUCAAUAGAAAAAAACUAAACACCUUCAAUUAAAGAAAAGUAUCCGGGAGAGAUAUUUAAAUUGAGCUAUUUACAACAUUAGAAACGUUGGCCGCGUAAACCUGCCUAAUACAUUAAGAAGGAAAACGCAACAAAACCUUUCUUUAAUUGUAAGACCUUCAGUGUAGAAAGCUACGGUUUAACGUUCGAAGUCUAUAUUUAAGAAAAUUAUAGCAUUAGAAGUAUAAAAGCCAUUAAGUGUUUGGUAAGGGCGUCCUCAGCUCCAUAAAGACAUUUUAGCAGCAGGUAUCUGGUUCAUUUCUUAGUAAAUGUUCUGUGUUGCUUGGAAAUAAAAGAAUUUAAAAAAGAAAUGAUAGUUUUUAGUACAAUAAUUCUUGCGUUCUAGGUAAGGUUUGAGAAUAUUGUCAAAUUAAUGAUAAUUUGUUUUUUGUUUUUUCUUUGUUUUUUUUGGAACAACAUAGGUGUCUUACAGAGCUCAAAAGGGAAUGACAAGAAACGCAGUCUUAAAAAUGAUGGUGGUGUGGGUUUCAGCAUUCAUUUUGUAUGGCCCGGCCAUUAUAAGUUGGGAAUACAUUGCAAGAGCAACUAUAUUACCAGAAGGUGAAUGUUAUGUGGAAUUUUAUUACAACUGGUAUUUCUUAAUGAUAGCCUCAACGGUGGAGUUCUUUACACCCUUCAUCAGUGUGACUUAUUUUAAUUUGAGCAUUUACAUCAACAUCAAGAAGAGAACCAUGAUGAGAAACGAGGAGCUUGCUCAAGGCCAAGAACAUUGCGAGAUGAGUUUCCAAGGGAAGAAAAAAGAGCACCUAAUAUUUUUUGUGAAACCGGCAGACCGGCCACGCUGUGACGCCAAAAAGCAGGCCUCCUGCCUUUCCCCCACAAGACCUUCUGCCUCUGCUCAUGGUGCACCAAAGCUUGAAGGUCACAUGUUGGACCUGAAUUUAAGUCAAGAUCUUCCGCCAUUACAAGUUGAAGUCCAAACCAAAAGACCUCAAGACUGCUUUUACAAAACCGUAGAAAAUGCUUGCAGCAAUAUCAGACAAGAUAUGGCUAGUAGCAUUGCCAAUCGAUUUAGGCUAUCGAGAGACAAAAGAGUAGCCAAGUCUCUGGCUAUCAUUGUUUGUGUGUUUGGGCUAUGCUGGGCACCAUACACGCUACUGAUGAUCAUCAGGGCGGCCUGCCAUGGCCGAUGUGUCCAGCAUUAUCUCUAUGAGAUUUCCUUCUGGCUUCUGUGGUUAAAUUCAGCCAUCAACCCCGUGCUGUAUCCUCUUUGCCAUAUGAGUUUCAGGAAAGCUUUCAUGAAGCUUCUUUGUCCAGGAAAAGCAAAAAUACACCCAAAUAUUUUUAUGUGACAAACAAUGACAAACAAACGAAGGAAAAACUGAAAAAACAAUAAACAAACAAACAAUCGACCAGACAAAAAAAAAAGGGCUAUCAGCCAGAAAGUUAGAUACCGUCUGAAACUGACAAAACAUAUUUGCUGGAAUUUUCCUUAUACACUAAAUAAAUAAUUUACAGUUUAAUUAAUUCAGUGCUAGAAUAAAACAGCAGGAAACGGUAUGUUGUACAGAGCAAGCUACAGGAAAAAGACGUGCAAAAUCCCAGGUGCCGUGUUCUCAAAAGGACUGACAUGAUAAUUGUAAUCUCAUCAUUGCUGGAUUUGCCUGUUGGCAUUUAUCGAUAAGACAAUAAUGCACUGGGGGGGUGAGACUGGCCACAUCUUCUUACCAAAGGGAAAGGGCUUUGCUUUUGUAUAUUUUAGCUGAUCAUACUAUUGGGUUGCAACGUGACUGUAUCUUCAUGUAUGCUUAGCGUGUGCACAGGAUGAAAUAAAUAUUGUACACAAUUUAUGUUGAACAUAUAAGUGUCGUAGUGAUUACAAUAGCAGUUAGUGUUGAUUACUAACUUGAUGACCUCAUUCAAUAUGUGGAGUAACAUGAUGUCGUACAUAUCAGCAACAUGCAUGUGUGUGUACAUCGAAAUGAUAACGAUCUUAGGUAUACUUUUCUCGGGUAAUUCUUGAAUGGCAUAGCUGACGUAGCCUUAUCUCGAGCUGGUGAACACUCCCAAAUAC